UGGAUACUUCAUGAUUGGAGUGAUGAACACUGCGUGAAGUURUUGAAGAAUUGUUAUGCUGCAAUUCCAAAUGAUGGGAAGGUAAUUGCAGUGGAUGCAGUGGUUCCAUUGGUGAUCGAGACUACGAUUACAAUGAAAUCCAUUACCCAAGGCGAUGUGCUUAUGAUGACUCAAAAUCCAGGGGGRAAAGAGCGAACUCGAGAUGAAUUCAAAGCACUCGCAACCAAAACUGGGAGUGAGUUGAAGAAUGCAGUUAUUGAAGGAGGAGUUGCUUUCAAUAGGGCUCAUGGUGGAGUACAUGCCUUUGAGUACCCUGGCUUAGAUACAAGAUUUAACAAAGUUUUCAACACUAYAAUGCUCAAUGAAACCACAAUGGGCAUUAAGAAGAUUGUUGAGUCCUACAAAGACUUUGCAAAUCUCAAUUAG